GUGCGCUUCCCCGCUUUUGUGGAAAUUAUCAAGAACACCGCACUUUCUCUCUCUCUCGUCCUUUCUUUCGCUUCGAUUCGUUGUUCCGACGAGUGGAUCCGUUCCUUCCUUCCGCGCGAUCGAGUCAUGCCCUUCUCCUCGUCCCGUCUCUCAGUUCGAGCUCGGGCCGCGCGAAGCCUAUAAAAAUGAUCCCCGCGGAUCGGAAGAGCAGAGACCGCGACCCAUCGCGAGAUAGAGAUUACAGCUCGUUGCCGUGGGGCUUUCUCCUCUUCGGUCUGAUCGGCGCCACCGCCACCACCGUCGCGGUUGGUCAGUUGCGCAGGACUGUUGAUUGGUUCUAUACUCAGGUUAACAGGUCACAGCAAUCUUCAUCAUGGAGGAAUGCAACCGGCAGUUCAAAUCGUGGAAGUUAUAGGGAAGAAGCUUGGAAUAGAUACAACCGUCGAAUGCAAGAGGAGUAUGAGGAGGAGAUGGAGAGAGUGGAACGCAUAAGGCGGGUGCAAAGUGUAUUUAACAAAGAAAGAAGCAAGUAUAAGAAGAGCUAUGAGACAUGGAGUGAUCCUGGUCCUGGAGCAUAUCAGCAUUUCCAAAGGGAUGACUGGUACUGGAAGACAGAUACAUCUUACAAAGAUAGAAGAACAAAUUUCAGAUUCACUCCUAGGGAAAGUGGAAGCUAUUUGAUGUCACAUCACUACUCAGUCUUGGGUCUUGAUAGGUCAAGGUCAGAACCAUACUCCGAUGCUGAGAUUAAGACUGCUUUCAGAACAAAAGCUAUGGAAUACCAUCCAGAUCAAAACCAGGAUAACAAAGAGGCUGCAGAGGCAAAAUUUAAAGAAGUAAUGACGUCUUACGAAGCAAUAAAAUUAGAGAGGAAAGGUGGAAGGUGUUGAUUGUACUAGUAAUUGUAAAUAUAGAUCAUGUCAGAGGCGAUUGUAACUGAUUUGUUUGGCCCCAAAUGAUCUACCUUUGGAUUCUUUUUCAUGAGGAACUCAGAUGGUUUGAGGGGUCUGGUAAAAAUAUAUUGCAUUUUGUACUCAAACAGCACAAUGUUCAAACACGGGUUGGAUUGAUGAAGACACAUCAACAUCAGACUCUUCUGUUGGCAAGAAACCCGAAGAAUAGAGGUGGUUCCGCUUCACACGGCUCACUAGAAAUGAUUCAAUACUGGCUGUUGAACAAGGGCCUGCUUUCGAGCCAAUUAGAUGCAGGUUUUUUUUUGGCUUGCCAUGUUCUAAAAUUGAGACUCGUUUGACUAUGAUUUUCUGAGUGAUGAAGGUCACCCUAAGUCUUUUCUUGGUUUGGAGGUCACACAUUCUCCUCAUGGAUAUUUGAUAUAUCAGAUCAAAUAACGUAAUGAAACUCAUGUUUCCAAGCGUGUGGACUCAUCAGAUGUAUUUGGUUACCAUUAAUCAGCUAAAACUAUGAAAGUUGCUUAUUUCCGGACUGGAAAUAUUGUACAUGAUUACUAAAUGCGAAAUUUAUGUCUGAUCUUUAUUGAGGUA